UAGUAACCUCUCGAUCGAUUACACGAAGAUGAACCAUAACUAAAAACUGCUAUGAAAACUACUGGAAUUACGAGCUUAUUUUACACACACGGCUUUUUAUGUGCCUCUCAUCCUGUAGAGAUACUACUACUGUGUAUAACUGGCACAGUCUGUCUGCUAACUCUUAAUAUUUAUGAUGCUACACACGCUCAAGAUUCGCUUGUUUCUGCAGUCACCAAGCAGAAUAAGAAUCACUUCCCUGUCAGCAUUCAUGUUCAGAUCAGCGCCACAAGCUACUUCCUCGCUCUUCUGUGCGUAUAUUUACAGUGCAAAAAGAUAUUACAUACUGGAUCGACAUAUUUAGCUGUCAUAGUUGGAAUAUUUCUGAUAUUUUCCUGUGCACUAUAUACAUCCAUCAUUGGAAACAUAUUCAGAGGUGAACUAUCUAUUCUAAGAGAGGCGAUUCCUUUCUUCUUUCUGUUAAGUGAUUUUGUUACAGUCACUGAUCUGACUAAAUUUGCCCUCUUAUCAACAUCAUGUGAAGAGGCCACAUCAAAAAUAGCACAGGGUGUAGCUACAUUAAGUCCAUCUGUUACUUUAAAUACUUUAGUUGGAGCUUUGGUAAUUGGAGUUGGAUCUCUCUCAGGAAUACAGGAAUUAGAAACAGCUAGUUACCUUGGUUGUCUUGCUCUAGUUACCCACUAUAUUAUCUUUAUGACCUUCCUUCCUGCAUCUCUUUCUUUGUUUCUUGAGUUGUGUAACAGAGGUCAAAAUCAACCGGCAUGGCUGUUAGAUUCAUCCAUUGAUCUUGAUGUGGAGGAGCACCAACAAAAAUCAAAUCCGUUAUUACAGCAUGUUAAGAUAAUUAUGUCUGCAGGUUUGUUGUAUGUUCAUAUGUACAGCCGGUUAAUAGUCAGUACUGAUUCAGAGAAUAAUACCAAUUAUAAAACAAGUGGUUCACCAACUGCCAGUAGUAUUUCAAGGUUUUUGGCAGGCAAUGCAGAGGAGGUUGUAGCAUUUGUAUUAGCUUUAUUAGUAGCUGCAAAGUACUUGUAUCUUGAAAAAAAUGAAUCAAGAGUGCUGAUUGAUACAACAUCAGAAGUGUCAUCUUCAUACAAUGUAAAGGAAGCAAAAAAAGACAGAUUAGUUAUUGGAUUAAAGCAAAAGAAAAGGAUAAGAAGAGCUACAUAUACCUGUGGUGAUGAUGAUUCCAUUGAUGAAGAAAUAACUGAAAUGCUAGAUGAAAACACACAAACAUCAGAGCAGUGUUUAGUAACAAAAACAUUGAAAGCGACACUGGAAGAUACAAUGGAAGAUACAAUGGAUACUAAAAAAUCACCAAAGAACCAAUCAUUUUCAUUCACUCAUCAUAUACCAAAAUGGAAACGAUGUCAUUCUUUCAAUGAUAGCUUGAGAGUCACUGUAAACGAUAACCCCCCUAGAUGUGUAACUGCCUUGGAGAAAAGCAAUAACAGCAAAGAUAACUUGAACUUCAAUAUUCCAUCAGUUAUAGUAAGCGAGCACCAAGAUCUGUUUGAGAAACCUGUCAUGUCUGGAUGUAUUGAAAGUGCUGGUUCUGAAAGAAGGACUUGCAGAGAUGGUGUAAGGACAGUAGGAGAGUGUAAGAAAAUAAUGAAAGAACCAGAUGGUAUAUUUGAUCUUACAGAUGAAGAAAUAUGUUCCUUAGUGGAUGAAAAAGUUAUUCCAUUUUACCAACUUGAAUCAGCUUUAAAUAAUUUCCAGAGAGCAGUGCACAUCAGACGGAAAAUCACAUCUCAUAAAAUAAACGAAGACCAGGAUACCUUAUCAGGCCUCCCAUAUCAGCACUAUGACUACAAAUUAGUUUCAGGAGCUUGCUGUGAAAAUGUAAUAGGAUAUAUGCCAAUCCCAGUGGGUGUGGCAGGACCUCUCCACCUAGAUGGAAAAACAUAUUAUGUACCCAUGGCAACGACAGAAGGUUGCUUAGUGGCAAGUACUAAUAGAGGAUGUAGAGCACUAGCAGGAAGUGGUGGUGUAAGAAGUUCUGUCAUAGGGGAUGGUAUGACAAGAGGACCUGUGGUACGAUUCCCUUCAGCCAUGCAAGCAAGUGAGGUCAAGUUAUGGUUAGAAGAUCAACUGAAUUUUGCAGCUAUCAAAAAAUCAUUUGAUAGCACCAGCAGGUUUGCCAGGUUAAAGUCAAUCAAGUGUGCAGUAGCUGGACGGUUGUUGUUUGCAAGAUUUGUUGCCACUACUGGUGAUGCUAUGGGAAUGAAUAUGUUGUCCAAGGGUACUGAGAAGGCACUUAAAGAACUUCAGGACCAGUUUCCAAGCAUGGAAAUAUUGAGCUUAAGUGGAAACUACUGUACAGACAAAAAGGCAACAGCAAUAAAUUGGAUAGAAGGCAGAGGAAAAUCAGUAGUAUGUGAAGCUAUCGUGCCUGCACAUGUGGUAACCAAGGUAUUAAAAACAAGUGUAUCAGCUUUGACAGAACUGAAUACAAGCAAAAACCUGGUUGGUUCAGCAAUGGCAGGUGCUAUUGGUGGUUUUAAUGCUCAUGCAGCAAAUAUUGUUACUGCUUUGUUUAUUGCUACUGGGCAGGAUCCUGCACAGAACUUAGCAAGCAGUAACUGCAUAACACUAUUAGAACCAUGUGGACCAAAUCAUCAGGAUCUUUACAUAAGUUGCACUAUGCCUUCACUAGAAGUAGGAACUGUUGGUGGUGGUACAAUCCUAGCACCUCAGACAUCCUGCUUACAGAUGCUUGGUGUACAAGGAGCCUGUAAUGAGGAACCUGGUCAAAAUGCUACACAACUAAGUCGUAUAAUAUGUGCUACAGUAUUGGCAGGUGAACUUUCAUUACUUUCUGCACUUGCUGCAGGACAGCUUGUACAGAGUCACUUAAAACAUAACAGAUCAACUAUCAAUUUAUUUGGAAGAGAAGAACCAAUGAAGAAUUGUGCUGUUUUAUGACAAACACCCUUCCCUAGCCAUUCACAAUCGUAACCUUCUAUCCUGUAGGACAGCAAGAAGAAAUGAAAAUAAACGACUUUAUUUAGCUUUUGUCAAUCUAGAAAACAUAAUAUGAAAUUCUAUUUUAGGAAUAAUUGAUACUAGUUGAAAUAUUGUAAAUAGUGUUUUACUGCUUUAUUUCCUAAAUUGUAUUGUAAAUCAUUACAAGAAAUAGUUAAUAUUUACAUCAUUUAUGAGAAUAACCAGAAGACAGAUAAGAAAGCUUAUGUUCAGCAAUAUUAAAUUAUUAUGGAUACCUUAUUAUUCAA